AUGUCCACCGACGAAAAGCAGGCGUCUCCAGCCUCUAGCGCCGCGAACAUCGACAUUGUCGCCGUCAAGGGCACGCAGGGCGGCGUUCGCGCUAUAGAAGCGUUGCAGUCGGUAUGGGGAACCAAAUCGAAGAUCGCACUGUGGAUAUCAGUGGCGCUGGCCUCGUACAUGUACAUCCUCGACAACGGCACGAACUGGGCCUGGGGGAGCUAUGCCACCAUCCAGUUCGGACAUUACCAGCAAUUCGCCGCUAUCCAAUGCGCGACCUCCAUCCUGCUCGCCAUCGGCAAGCCGCUGUUUGCAAAGCUGACAGACGCUAUUGGGCGUGCAGAGUCCAUUGCUGUCGCUCUGUUUUUCUACGUGCUCGGCUACGUUGUCAAUGCCUCCACGCCCAACAUGGCGGGCCUAGGUGCCGGCAGUUGCAUCUGGGUUCUUGGCUUCUCUGGUCUCCAAAUUGCGCUCCAGAUUGUCAUUGCGGAUGUGACGACGCUACGCUGGAGGCCCAUCAUCUCCUCUUUGUCGACUGGCGGGUGGUAUUUCAUUAACUUCUACGUCAACGGCCUUAUUACGACCAAGCUCACCGAGCCCGGAGGACUGGGCUGGCGCUGGGGAUAUGGCAUCUACGCCAUUUGCUAUGUUCCGGCCCUGCUGCCCAUCAUUCUCGUUCUUCUCUGGGCCAAACGCCGCGCCAAGCAACUGGGCAAGAUCCACAAUUUCGAGCCAACGCCGGCAUUCAGUGUUUCCUUUGGCACAAAAGUCGGCCAGUUCUUCACCGAGGUUGACGCUGUGGGCCUGCUCCUUCUUGGCGCGACUUUAGCGCUUAUUUUCCUUCCAAUUGUCCUUGCCGGCGGUGCCUACGCCACCACCACUUGGCACAACCCCGCGGUCCCCGCUAUGAUGGUCAUCGGCGCAUUCGUCGCCCUCCCGCUCUUCGUUUUCUGGGAGGCGCGCAAGGCCGCAUACCCGGUCAUCCCCUGGCGCUUGUUGCGCAACCGCACCAUCCUUGCGGCGUGUGCAAUUGACUUUUUCGACUUUGUCUCGUUCUACCUGACCUACGGAGAGCUGUACGGCUUCGUUACCGCGACGACCAAAUGGGACCUGGGCAAGCUGGUCUACUACAGCAACGCGCAGUCGCUGUCCUUGACUUUCUUCGGUCUCCUCUGGGCCGCAUUUGCCGGGUUCUUCAAAACUGGAUACAAAUACUCCCUCAUCGCGGCUCUCGCCAUCCGCAUCGUUGGUGUCGGAUUAAUGUUCUAUGCCCGCUCCCACGCCAACACCGCCGCGCUGGUUAUGACGCAGAUCAUCCAGGGCCUCGGCGGGGGUAUCGCCUCCACCAGCGCGCAAAUCGGGGCCCAGGGCGCGGUUCCCCACCAAGACGUCGCCCUCGCCACCGCCGCCAUUCUGCUUUCGGCCGAAGUCGGCGGUGUUGUGGGGACAGCCGCGGCCGGCGCGAUUUGGGUCAACAAGCUGCCCGUCGAAAUCGCCAACCACGUGCCGAGUCUGAACAGCACGGAGAUUGCGGGCUUCGUGGGGAUGCCGACGCUGGUGAGGGGACUAGAAGGGCAGAUUUACAAGGACAUGGUGGCUGCUUAUGGCUCGACUAUGCGCCUUUUGCUUAUCCCCGGGCUCGUCGUCUCGUUCAUCCCCCUCGCAGCAGCGUUCUUCGUCAAAGACUUCCGUCUGCUCGAGAUCCAAAACGCUGUCGAGGUCAAGACCCUCGACGGCAGGCGCGCGCAAGACGCAGGAGAGUCGAUUGAGCCCGAGGUUCUCGAAGCAAAGGUGUAA